GGCUGCGUAGUGGCGAGGGCGGAACCGGAAGUUCAUGUGUUGUGGGGCUCAGCUGGUUCAUUUCUGUUGUUUUUUUCUGUUCUUAAGUUCCUGCUGUAAGUGGUGGCUUUGCGGACGUUGCGAUGGGGGAAGCAGACAAGUUUCACUACAUCUACAGUUGUGACCUGGAUAUCAACGUCCAGCUUAAGAUAGGAAGCUUGGAAGGGAAGAGAGAACAAAAGAGCUAUAAAGCUGUCCUAGAAGACCCAAUGUUGAAGUUUUCAGGACUAUACCAAGAGACGUGCUCUGACCUUUAUGUUACUUGUCAAGUUUUUGCAGAAGGGAAACCUCUGGCCUUGCCAGUGAGAACAUCCUACAAGGCAUUUAGUACAAGAUGGAACUGGAAUGAAUGGCUAAAACUACCAGUAAAAUACCCUGACCUGCCCAGGAAUGCCCAGGUGGCCCUCACCAUAUGGGAUGUUUAUGGACCCGGAAAAGCGGUGCCUGUAGGAGGAACGACGGUUUCACUUUUUGGAAAAUAUGGCAUGUUUCGCCAAGGGAUGCAUGACUUGAAAGUCUGGCCUAAUGUAGAAGCAGAUGGAUCAGAACCCACAAAAACUCCUGGCAGAACAAGUAGCACUGUCUCAGAAGAUCAGAUGAGCCGCCUUGCCAAGCUCACCAAAGCUCAUCGACAAGGACACAUGGUGAAAGUAGACUGGCUGGACAGAUUGACAUUUAGAGAAAUAGAAAUGAUAAAUGAGAGUGAAAAACGAAGUUCUAAUUUCAUGUACUUGAUGGUUGAGUUUCGAUGUGUCAAGUGUGAUGAUAAGGAAUAUGGUAUUGUUUAUUAUGAAAAGGACGGUGAUGAAUCAUCUCCAAUUUUAACAAGUUUUGAAUUAGUAAAAGUUCCUGACCCCCAGAUGUCUAUGGAGAAUUUAGUUGAGAGCAAACACCACAAGCUUGCCCGGAGUUUAAGAAGUGGACCUUCUGACCAUGAUCUCAAACCCAAUGCUGCCACAAGAGAUCAGUUAAAUAUUAUUGUGAGUUAUCCACCAACCAAGCAACUUACAUAUGAAGAACAAGAUCUUGUUUGGAAGUUUAGAUAUUAUCUUACAAAUCAAGAAAAAGCUUUGACAAAAUUCCUGAAAUGUGUUAAUUGGGAUCUACCUCAAGAGGCCAAACAGGCCUUGGAACUUCUGGGAAAAUGGAAGCCGAUGGAUGUAGAGGACUCCUUGGAGCUGCUUUCCUCCCAUUACACCAAUCCAACAGUGAGGCGUUACGCUGUUGCCCGGUUGCGACAGGCCGAUGAUGAGGAUUUGUUGAUGUACCUAUUACAGCUGGUCCAGGCUCUCAAAUAUGAAAAUUUUGAUGAUAUAAAGAAUGGAUUGGAACCUACCAAGAAGGAUAGUCAGAGUUCAGUGUCAGAAAAUGUGUCCAAUUCUGGGAUAAAUUCUGCAGAAAUAGAUAGCUCCCAAAUUAUAACCAGCCCCCUUCCUCCAGUCUCUUCACCUCCUCCUGCAUCAAAAACAAAAGAAGUUCCAGAUGGUGAAAAUCUGGAACAAGAUCUCUGUACCUUCUUGAUAUCGAGAGCCUGCAAAAACUCAACACUGGCUAAUUAUUUAUACUGGUAUGUGAUAGUGGAAUGUGAAGAUCAAGAUACUCAGCAGAGAGAUCCAAAGACCCAUGAAAUGUACUUGAACGUAAUGAGAAGAUUCAGCCAAGCAUUGUUGAAGGGUGAUAAGUCUGUCAGAGUUAUGCGUUCCUUGCUGGCUGCACAACAGACAUUUGUAGAUCGGUUGGUGCAUCUAAUGAAGGCAGUACAACGUGAAAGUGGAAAUCGUAAGAAAAAGAAUGAGAGACUACAGGCAUUGCUUGGAGAUAAUGAAAAGAUGAAUUUGUCAGACGUGGAACUUAUCCCCUUGCCUUUAGAACCCCAAGUGAAAAUUAGAGGAAUAAUUCCAGAAACAGCUACACUGUUUAAGAGUGCCCUUAUGCCUGCACAGUUAUUUUUUAAGACAGAAGAUGGAGGCAAAUAUCCAGUUAUAUUUAAGCAUGGAGAUGAUUUACGUCAAGAUCAACUUAUACUUCAAAUCAUUUCACUCAUGGACAAGUUGUUACGGAAAGAAAAUCUCGACUUGAAAUUGACACCUUAUAAAGUGUUAGCCACCAGUACAAAACAUGGCUUCAUGCAGUUUAUCCAGUCAGUUCCUGUGGCUGAAGUUCUUGAUACAGAGGGAAGCAUUCAGAACUUUUUUAGAAAAUAUGCACCAAGUGAGAAUGGGCCAAAUGGGAUUAGUGCUGAGGUCAUGGACACUUACGUUAAAAGCUGUGCUGGAUAUUGCGUGAUCACAUAUAUACUUGGAGUUGGAGACAGGCACCUGGAUAACCUUUUGCUAACAAAAACAGGCAAACUAUUCCACAUAGACUUUGGAUAUAUUUUGGGUCGGGAUCCGAAGCCUCUUCCUCCUCCAAUGAAGCUGAAUAAAGAAAUGGUAGAAGGAAUGGGGGGCACACAGAGUGAGCAGUACCAAGAGUUCCGUAAACAGUGUUACACAGCUUUCCUCCACCUGCGAAGGUAUUCUAAUCUGAUUUUAAACUUGUUUUCCUUGAUGGUUGAUGCGAACAUUCCAGAUAUUGCUCUUGAACCAGAUAAAACUGUGAAAAAGGUUCAAGAUAAAUUCCGUUUAGACCUGUCGGAUGAAGAGGCUGUGCAUUACAUGCAGAGUCUGAUUGAUGAAAGUGUCCAUGCCCUUUUUGCUGCAGUGGUGGAACAGAUUCACAAGUUUGCCCAGUACUGGAGAAAAUGAAACUGGAUUUGACCCAUCAAGAUGCUUGGCUCAAUAAGAAAACUACGUUAGGAGCAACCUGUAUAAUUGGGGACUUCAGAGUAACCAGCAGGAAAGAGAAAAUUUAAUCUUCAGGUUACCGUAUUUUCCAAAUAUUACAUGGUACCUGAAUUCCACUUUCUUGGAUGUCAUUGCCUAAAUAUGGUCUUGAAGGGUUUGUUUUGAAAUAUUGUAUAUAUUUAUUUUCAAAUGUAUACAUUGUUAAUAAAUUACAAAAUGAGAAACAUUCUUAUUUAUGUACAUGUUAUGAGAAUUCUGGAGGAAGUAAUAUGUUGAAAUAGUAACACAUUUAGUCUUUUAGUUUAAAACCCCUUAUGUCUUCAUAUCAGGACCCCAGUAACCUGAAUUUAGCUUGACACAGUUUACACAUUUUUUUUUGUUUCUUCCUUCUUUCCUCUCCUUUCUCCAACCCACUUUUGUUUUUUGUUUUUGCCUAAUUUACAUGUUUAAAGUUCUACUUAAAAAUUUACUUCAAGUUUUACAUGUUAUAGCUCAUUCUUCUGCAGUUCAAGAAUUGCUUAUAUUUUUAAAAGAUAUUUAUUUUCUCUUAUAAAUAAUUGAUUUUUGUAAACUCCAGUUCAUAGUUCUUCUCGUUUGUAAGUAUGUAAAGUAGAAUAUGAAAAUGUGGCUAUUUAGAUACCUGGCCAAAAGGUCCUAUGACCACCAGUUUUAGUAUUGAACAUAAGAUAUUUUUACAUUUUCAUAUAAGACAAUGUAAAUUGUCUUUCUGCAAUAAAUGUUUUUGAUGUAAAUUUAGUUUUUAAAAGCUUUUUGAUGGUAUAAAGGAAUUGAGGAGGAACAAAAAGUUUUUGAAAUAGCUCACCUAGACCUGUUAAUGUAAUAUAUUCUUCGUGAAUUAAGCAAAAAAUUUUUUUGUUUUUUAAGAGUAGAACUAAUCUCUAGCUUUUUUGAUGGAACUUUGAAGAAAAAGAACAAAUACAAAUAUACAAAUGAUAUGAGCAAUACAGUAAUAAUCUUUUGCAACUUAAUAUGUUAUAUAGUCAUAUGACUUGGUCUUGGAAGAAAAAGAAUUGUUUUGGUGCUGAAUAAAUAUCAGAAAUGAAGUGACGGAAAAGAUGAAGGUAAAAUUGUGGCACAAUUUCAGAGAAUGCCAUUAAUGAUAAUGUGUACUUGUCAUCUAAUUCUUAGUCCUGAGCUUGCCUCUUUAGUGUGGGGUUACCAGAGGGAGGGCAAGCAUGUAAUUAAGAGACAUCCUAGAAGCAUAUGGAAUGUGAUUUAUGUAAAACAUGCCUCCUGAUUAGAAAAAUAGUAAAACUGGAAAGACCUUUGUACAUCCUCUUAGGAGAACUUAUAUCUAAACUAAAUUGUCAGGCUCUGUCUUCUACCUUACUUUUUCUUUUCUUUAAAUAUGUUUGUCAUUUUUGUUGUUGUUCGGACAUUUUUAACCCUCUGCAUGCUCAUUCUAAUAGUUCUGUUUCUAUUGGCACUUUCUCCAAAAUUUUUCUCUGAAUUUCCCUUGUUGAAAGUGACCUUUCUUCCUUGUGAACUCCUGGAAUUAUUUCUAGCUUUUAAAGUGGCAUUUAGUAAAAGUUCAGUGUUUUUCUUACACUUGCAUCUCCUAUUUCAGGGUUUGGCAUACAUUUUCUUUAAGGGGUAAGAAAGUAAGUAUCUUUAGCUUUGAGGGACAUAUGGUCUAAUAGUAUUAAUUUAACUCUGCUAACUAGAAGGCAAAAGUGUAUCAUCUUACUCAUCUUUAUAAACUCCACAGCACUCUGCAUAGAGAGGAGCAUGUUUAUAAGAAACUCAAUAAAUAAUUUUGACACAAAUAUGAAAUUCUAUAAGGGAAGACACUGAAAACUAGUAAAAAAGGUUGUUCUUGAAUAACCUUGUAUUUAGUGCCGUCUUAACUAGAAUUGUAAAGAGGAUAAACCUUUCUAGGAAGGGUGACAAGUGUUAGGUGAGGAAGGAGCAUCUCUCAGGAGGGUAAACAGUGGCUGUUGUUUUGCUGAGAGAUUUUGGCUGUGAGUGUUAAGCUUAUAUCAAAAAGAAAAGUGACUUAUCAAUCUGUUUUUAUUGCUCAAAGUAACUCUUUACUCCCAUUUUUUCUAAAUUCCAUUGUUUUUACUUUUUAGAGCUCUAUUCUCAAGUGUAGUCUGCGUGUUUCUUUGUCAUUGCCAUGUGAAUUCUUUGGUGACAAAUGCAGUAAUACUUCAAGCACGAUGUUUGAGUUUGAGAAAUGUAUUUGUGAGCAUACAUCACUUUAAUUAAAAAGUGUGAGUACUAUGGUCA